GGCCGCGCCAUGGAGCUUGUCACCCUCCUCCUUCUCCUCCCCUUACUGCUCGUCCCCUUGGCGUUCCUGGCGAGAAGGCGCCGCGGCCGGCGGACACCUCCCCUCAGGCUCCUGGUGGUGGCCGGGUCCGGUGGGCACACAACAGAAAUCCUGAGGUUACUUAGCUGUUUGUCAGAGUCAUACUCUCCCAUACAUUAUAUUUUUGCAGACUCAGAUAAAAUGAGUGAAGCUAAAAUACGUGCUUUUGAACAAAAAAGGGCUGAAACAUUCUCCAAUUCCAAGUUCACCCUUGAUCGCAUUCCCAGAAGCCGUGAGGUUAGACAAUCUUGGACCUCCUCUGUGGUAACGACCCUGUACUCCAUGCUUUACUCCCUUCCUUUGACCUACAAACUGAAACCAGAUUUGAUACUGUGCAACGGACCAGGAACAUGUGUUCCUGUCUGUGUAUCUGCUCUUCUUCUUGGGCUUCUAGGAAUAAAGAGAGCGAUCAUUGUGUAUGUAGAGAGCAUCUGCCGCGUGGAAACUUUAUCCCUGUCUGGAAAGAUUCUUUACUACUUUUCAGAUUACUUCAUCGUUCAGUGGCCUGAACUAAAGGAAAAAUAUCCCAAGUCAGUAUAUCUUGGUCGAAUAGUGUAACAACAGAAGACAGGCUUUACCUAAAAUAAACUCUGCAAGCUCCUCAAUGAAGAAAUGCAUUCAUGCAGCAAUUUAUUUUCAAGGGUUCCUGUUAAGAAAUUAGGCUGGUACUGGAAAAGGAGACAAUAAUAAAGAUAUCUCUAUUUUUAAGUA